UUGGGGGAGGGGAGUCGGUAGACAAUUUAUAGCCGUCACUUUUAAUAGCGAAACGUCCCGGUCCUAAACUAGACACAUAGUUUGACUGUUUAAAUUCAGUUGAAGAUCUUCCAAACCUGGCAACACUGAAAGCAUGGGCUGUUGGAUCCCUUCUGAUUUUACCUGCUCCUUUCUGCUGGUUCGGGAGGAUUGAUUAUUUCCCAUUUUACGACUAGAGUUUUGGCCGAAAACCAAGGAAAUCAGAUGACUAACAAUUAUCAAGCUCAUUAGGACUUAAAAAGAUGCUGGUCUAGUCUAACAUGGUCUAACACCUGUACAGCUGCAGCAAUCUAGGAGCCUCAGAUAAGGCUUAACCUAAAAUGGCGGAUCUACAACCCCUUCAAGAAUUAAGUUGUUUAAAGAGUACUGAUAUAUUGGUCCACGUAGAAGAAGCUCUAUUAGACUUUUUAGUUGUUUCUUAUGAACAUGAUAGCAAGUUAUAUCAAGGGGUCCUUCUGGACUCGACAAAAAGAUCCCUACCCUGUGGGAUUCUUACCCCACCUGGAUUCCCUGUGGUGGACUCUGCACAACAUGGCCUUGGAUCAGACGAGGAUAAAAUGUAUAGUGUUGCUCAACGGUACUCAUAUUUUCAGGAAAAGUGCCCUUCCCCCGUGAAUGUAGCAGCAAAAGAUAGCUUUCCUCCUGGAUCUGCUUAUCAUAUGAGACGAGCUAUGAGAGGAGGCCAUUCUAAAUUUAAGAAUAGUCGAAUGACUGUAAGACUGAGACCAAGGCAAGUUUUGUGUUCCAAGUGUAAGAGCACUUGUAAUGAAAAUUCUGAAAAUGUAGAUUUAUCAAGAAAGCGGAAGAGUGCAGAAUCCACUGCCUCUAACAAAGGACCAGUUGAGAAAAAAGUUUGUCCUCCUCGACAAAUAUCCCCUAAAUCUCCAAGACCACCAUUCUCAGAAAACCCUCAAGAAAACAAACCGUCCCUUGCCAGCAGAAGGAAGAAUUCUUCAAGUCCUCCUGUUGAUUCUCCAUCAUUACGCCAGUCCCUGAUUCCAAAGACUGUGAUGGAAAGUGAAAUCCCUCAAACUUUGAGUAGCAAUGUAAAUAAAAUAAAAAUUGCACCAGAGUAUUGGCAGAAACAAGCAAAUGAAUCUAAUGUGCCGUCUGAGAAAAGUAGAAGAACAAGCAUGCCACACACUAAUUCCAACUCCAACAGUGACAUGGGCUCCACUGAGUGUCUAGAAGAAAUUUCAUUUGAUAUGAGUAAGAAUCAGUCCUUAGAAGCGACAGAACGAGAAAAACUUACUGAUGAUGAUGCCUCAAAUGAAUUGAAUGGAUUAGAUAUAUAUGAGAAAAACUCUGGUAUAAUUGAAAUGUCUGACAAUGCAGUAGAUUCACUGUCAAAGUUAAAUAGUUCAUUUGCCAGCUCAGGAACAGAUGAAAGUCAGGACAGGAUGGUUUUACGAAAGAAGCGAAAUGUAGGGUCUAUGGAAGACUUAUGGGAUGAAAGUGUUUUUCUUGAAGACGCUACACGGAGAACCACGCCAGUCAUCAAAAUUUCAUUUGGAGCUCAGGGUGAAGGUACUGUUUUAAAAAUACCAGCAAAAGUGCGGAGCUAUCAUGAUAGUGAAAGUGAUUUUGAAGACCUAGAAACACAUAAACCAAAAACUCCUACGAAAGAGGCAAGGACUAAAGCUGCAAAGAAAGCUCUGAAGAAAGCAAAGAAGGAGGCUCGCCGGAAAGUAAACAAAGAUAAGCCUGAAUCUCCACCAAGACCUGGUGGUAGUUCUCCAUACCAGCGAAGACGUAAAAGAAAGGUGAAACACAAGAAGAGACAUAAAGGAGUCCGAGAACAUGAAAUGAGUGCAGUCGAGGAAGAAGUGGAUGUGGAUUACCCUCCACUUUUGGAGGAAGAUCCACUUAAAAUUGAUGACAAACCAAAAAAUGAGGAGUCCACCAUCAAUAAUUGUGAUAUUGAUUCAAUGAAAGAAAAAUGCUUGAAACAGAAGCUUUCUAUAAGUCUGAAGCGUUUGACUGCCACAGCUUAUGCAAGAUGUGGUGAUACAAGUUGUUCAACUGGCUCAGACAGUUCGGGUAGUAACUCAGAAUUUUCAGGAGCUGAUGAUUUGCCUGACUUUCCAAAACUGGAUUCAGCUCAUACAUUCCUGACCGUUGAGUCCUGUGAUACAGGUGAUGGAAGAAAAAUGGAAGUGGGGGAUGUAGUGUGGGGGAAAAUUCAUGGGUUCCCAUGGUGGCCUGGAAAGGUUUUGAGUAUAACUAUUGAAAGAAAAGAGGAGCCUCAGAGACCUCAGGCACAUGUGGCCUGGUAUGGUUCAUCAACAUCAUCACGAAUGCCUUGUGAUCAGCUUUGUCCCUUCCUUGAAACAUUUAAGACUCGCUACAAUAAAAAGAAGCGAGGUCCAUACAAGGAAGCCAUUCGACAGGCAACUUGUGAAGCUCGCAAAGCCUCGUUAGAUCCACUUGCAGCUUGUGAAGCUCGCAAAGACACCUUGGAUCCACUUUCAGCUUGUGAAGCUCACAAAGACUCCUUGGAUCCGCUUGCUACCUGUGAAGCUCUCAAAGACUCCUUGGAUCCACUUCAAGAAGUAGAUAUUGUGCUGUGAUGUAUCUACAUUCAAGUCAACCCUUAGUCAGAAGUGCAAUUAAGAACUAGUCAUGUGGAAGCCUUGAAACUGAGUUGUCUUGUAGUGAUGUACUUGUUCUACGGCCUACAUUUUACUCAGCCUUCUAUCAUAUUUGUUUCGUGCUUAUGUUGAAGGAGAGUUGAAAAAGUGUCAAAUAUUUGUAAGUGAUUCUGGUUGCCGAUGUGUUUCAAUCACUAACUUGUAAUGCUAUUGUAGCUUCAAGUCCUGCCUCUGUUUGAGUAUAUGUUUACGCAACAUAUCUCUCUUUACAUACUUCAGGUGAAACUUAGAUGAUCCAAAAGAAGUGGUGUUGAUUUUUCUCUGUAUAUUAUGACUUAAUGCUUUGUCAUGAUUGAUAAAAGUAUGUCUGUGACUUAAUACUUUGAAGAGUACAAUGUAAGAGGUAUAUCUAAGUUAUAUUAGUUGAAACUAUUUGGUUUUGUUAAGCUCGUCUUCCAUAACCCAUAUACUUUAGCAUUUGUCUUAUUCUUUAAAUAAGUUAAUACUUUUAGAUAUAGUCCUCUCAGGGCUAAGUGUUCCCAUUUUACCUCUAUGAGGUUGUCUCCUUGAGUGCUUAAGCAUUUUUAUUGGUACUGACUGUGAAUUGCCAACAUUAUCGUUCUUUUCUCAUCCCAAAUUCUUAAUUUAGUUAAAAAUUGUCCUUUCUUGGACCUAUUUACAAAUUAUGUACAUGAAAAGACUGCAUCACAAACAGGCUGCUAAUGAACACAUAUUUAAAGCAAUGAUGAUGAUAAAGUCAAAGCUUUCCUUGUGCGGAAUGUUUUGCCUGUUCAUGCAUCAAAUUUAAUUUUUAAGAAAUUGACUGUAACUAAUAUCAAACUUUCCUUUUGAAAGAUAAUUAUUUUGGAAGUGGCACAUAGUGUACUUUGCUUGCUAGAAUGAUUUGACACAGCCCAUAAUUUUACUGACCUGUCAUCAUUACGAAUUUGUUGGGAUUUGUUCUGUUCAUAGUCUGUGUUUCAAAUCCCAGUAUUUUUUAAAAGAUCUUUGAUCUUAGUGUGGGCUGACUAUGAGCACACCCCUAAUAAAUGUUUACAGACUACAGGUCUUUACUAUAGUUAAUGUUUAUGAUGUGUACUUCCUAAUUCGUUCCUUGUGUGUGAUGUCUAAUAGAAUACAAGUUUACUCUACCUUUUUAAAAAUUUCCAUUUGUGUGAUGCUCUUAUUAAACUAACAAUUAUGUGUUCACAAAAAAGGGGGAUUGAUUAAAAAAAAAAAAAACAAGGACUGUCACUUGUGUUACUAGUUCAUGAUGAUGAUUUAAUUGUAGUGUAUUAUGUACUAAUGUACUGUGUACCUAAUUGUAGGCUUCUUGUUUCCUUAUCAGAAUAAUUAUGGAAACAUUUGGCAUAUUUCCAUAGGUUGCCCCACCCCCUUAUGAAUAGUUGAAUUAAAUAGGAGAAAUGUGCAUUGAUUGUUGCGUUACCAACGACGGUUUCUUUAGCUUUUGUCAGUGUGUGUUUCACUUGUGUUUGUAGCUUUGAAGUAUAUUGUUUUAUUUAAAUAACAAUUAUUUGAUAAGAGUUGUCUUGAUGUGCCUUGAAAAGCACACCUUGCUUUCUCCAAAAGCUUGUUACCUCUGUAGUAUUUUCUCAAUUUUAUGUGGCUUGCUCUAAUAUGGGCUUGUCCCAUCUCAUCAAGAUGCCCUCUUACUUUGUUAAAUCUCUAGAAGCAGAUUUGCGUUUUCAAUUCAUAGUUUUGAUCAACGUUUUACUUUAAAUAUGUAUAUUUUUGUUAUUAAAACCCUGACUCACAUUCCUUAGAUAUACUUUGUGUGAAUGAUGGUUUGUUUGUGUGCAUCACAUUGCUCUUGUUUGUUGUCUAGACCAGGGAGGUUUUUUAUUACAAAGAUUUGAUUUUUUUUCUUAUUUUGCGAGACAGUAUGUUUUAAAGUUGUCACUUCUAUCUGGAAAGAACGGCCCUCUAAACUUCAUCAUUUCUCUAGAGAUGGACACCUACUAUACUAUUUUCUCCACCCAAUUGUGACAAACUUUAAGUGAAGUUACAUAUAUCCUUACUCUGAAUGAUAAGUUUGCAUGUUGCA